AUGGACAUAGAUAAACGAGAUUUACUAGCGGAGCAAGUUGAGGAAGAAGGAGAACAAAAUGUGCCUGAUGACAAACAUAAUGAAAUAGUUAUUUUGACUCCAGAGGACCAAGAGAAUUUGUUGAAGAAAAUAGCGGUUGGAGGAGAAAUGAAACAAAUAGAUAAAGAUGAUAAAGAAUUUGAAGAAGAAGUUGAUGAAGACACUUUGAAGAAUAUAGUUGUAGAGAUGAGAUAUGAAUAUGAGUUUACCGAUAAGCCAGGAGAAGAAAAGACUGCAGAAACAAAAGUACAGAAUGAUAAGGAAGAUACUUUGCAAAUUUCUCCUAAGACUCCAAGGAAGAAGGAGAAACUACAAAGACUAUAUGUUGCUGCCACUAUUGAGGACAAAGAGACAAAAUCUGAUGAAGUAGUGAGAGGGGUGGAAAAGACAACUACCCAUGCUAGAUUGGUAAAGAAACCACAAUCCGGUGGAGCUCAACAAGCAAAGAAAAGAAGAGAAGAACCUAAAUCAUCUAGAAAAGCCAGAGAAAGUAAGAAGCAAAAAUAUGAGAUUGAUGUUGCUCUAAAAUAUGGUAAGAUUGAAGGCACAUUUGAAAUAGUGCCCCCAUUGAGUUUGAAGGAGUUAACUAAUGAAAUUCUUAAGGAUGGGAACCUGAAUAAUGUAUCUACAUAUUAUGAAAAUUUUGAUGAUAAAGAUCAAAGGGAAGUUAAAGAAGUAAUUGUAAAAUAUAUGGAUGUAUAUAGUAAGGCACUGUUAGAACUUUCGUCUAUGAUUCCUAAAAGUUUGUAUGACAUUUUGGAUGCGAGAAGGCAUAUAGCUAGUUUAGAAGAUGACAAAAUAAAGGAAUAUGUACUAGUAAAUCUAUCUUCUUCUAAUGAUCAAACUCCAAGAAAUAAUGUUGAUGGUGCAAAUGAUACCUCUAGUGAUGUUGUACAAGAACCUCCCAUUAUAGAGAUUGUGUCAAAAAAAGAAGCCAAGGAGACAUUGGAUGUGAAGAAGGAUGCGAAUGAUGGUGAGAAAGGUGGAAAGGGUGAGAGUGGAGAGGUUGCUAAUAAGGAGAAAGGAAAGGAAAAGGCAUAUCAGGCUCUGGCAACAAUGGCAAGAGACAUUGAUGUUGUAAAAGGGAAACAAGUUGCUAUUGAUUCAGAUGAUUUUGGUCAAGGGUUGAUUGACCUGAGUUCCUUAUCUCCCAUUCAAACACUUCAAUUGGCAACUGUAGCUCAAGAAAAAGCCAGUGAGGACUUUAUUGAGUCCCAUUCUAUAGACAGAUUUAAUAUCAUUGGCAGGAGAUAUGUUGGUGAAAAAUCAUGCCAUCUUUCAAACCGGAUACAUCUGAUCCCUUUAGUAAGCUCAAGGUUUUGUUAA